AUGACUUCAUCGACUGUAAGUUCUCUAGGAUUUCUUUCGUAAUUGAAUCGUUCAUUUUUCCAUUUCAGAUUCUUCUGCAAUUUUUCGGCUUGUCAGCGAUUUUCAUCGCUACUCAAGGUAAGAUAAUGAGAUUUGAAGGGUAUUCUAUAGGGUUACUUGAUGAGCUCACUAAGAAGACGCUCCAAAAAUUAAAAAAAAAUCCGUAAAUUUUUUUUUCAGCCUUGAUGCUUCCGCCACCGCAUCUGACCUCACGUAAGCUCAAAAAAAUCUUUGAAAAACGUUGAAUUUUCUUCAGAGCGUCCAAGGAACUGCCGUUGUGGCCGCAACGAACUAUUCAAAGAGUGUGGGACCGCGUGCGAGCCGCGUUGCGGCGAACCUCUUAACGUUUGUACCAAAAAUCUUUUAAAAAUUGUUGAGCCUUUGUCCUAGGUACUCCAGGAAAAACAUACUUUCGAACACCUGAUAGCCUAAGAAAAAGCUAGGAGUUCAGUAAACUUCUCUACGACGUCGACUAGAAGCCUCAUGUCCGCAUUUGGAAUGGAUGACAGCGUAGAGAAUUGACUUUUUUGAUGUCCCCUAGCGCGAUUUUCGAUUCACUGCUAACUUGGUCGUGUCUGCGCUCUCCACCAGCCAGGCACUAUCUCUUUUAUUAUCGUGUCAGGACCCUUUUUUUUGGCUCAAGCCAGCCGUGAAUCAGCUAUAACUGCAAAUAGGCUUACUUUUAAAUGAAAGUGAGAAAAUGAAGAGUAAUAUAAAAGCUAUAGAGCGUUCAAAAUUGAAGUUUUUGACUAGAAUGAACUCAUUAAAAGCCCAAAUUUUCAGAGACCUUGUACUCGUGAGUGCGUUCCGAACGUCUGCCAAUGUCGUCCCGGCCUUCUCAGAAGCUAUGACAACUCGACGUGCGUUCGAUUGAUAGAGUGUAACAAAAUUGGUGAGGCUGGAUGCGAAACUCAGUGUCUUUUUCAAGAAAAAGUUUGCUAAUACUUUCAAAAUUUUUUUUCUCUAGAAGUAUCCUAUAGAUCUUGUUAAUUUUUAGGCUUUGAAGGGGCUAAAAACGUGUAGGGAAGCUUAUAAACUUCAAAGAAUCUCUUCAAAAGGUCCUAAGCCACCUAAACUUCGAAAAAUUCCAGGAACGGCCCAACUGACGACAGCUUCCCCGGUAUCGUGCCGAAGUGUCCGAUGCGCUUCGGGGACUGAAUGUCAAGUGAGAAAUCGCGUCGCUCAGUGUGUCCCUAGUAAAAAGCCCGUUUUUUUUCAAUCCUUCAACCCUACCAAAUUCCAGGCCGACCAACACGAGCUGAGAACCGAACUUGCGGCCAGAACGAAGAGUUCAGGGCUUGCGGAACCGCCUGCGAGCCGAAAUGCGGCCGUCCGGAGCCUGUAAGCUUUCCGCAAGUUUGUCAUUAUUUUGACUUUUCAAACUCAGGAAGUCUGCACGGAGCAGUGUAUUCUAAACGUCUGCCAGUGUCGUCGAGGAUUCGCCAGGUCUUCUGAAGGCCGUUGCGUCCGUCGUUCCGAGUGCGACACCACUAGAGGCGCCACUGCAGGCCUCUGCAACGGCCGACGCUGUCCGAAUGGCCAGAUCUGUCGUCACAACGGCAGCCGAUCUCGCUGCGAAGCGCCACAGACAAACUGA